AUGUCGGACAAGAAGCCAACCUCAAUGACUGGCAAGAGAACAAGAGCAGCGUCUACGACAGUCGACAUGUCGACAUCUACCACUACCACAACUACCAUCACCCCCACUGCUUCCCCUUCCCCUACAUGCGCUACUGUCGCUCUCUCUUUCACGACAGGCACACCAACCGCAGAGGACUCGGUCAUCGACCUCCACAACCGCGUCGCCAAGCAAAACAACGCUCUCCGCCUCCUCACCGAACAAGUCUUUGCGAUGGCUACUCGCCUCGAUGACACUGUCUCCCAGAACCAAGCCCGCCACGAUGCCCUCGUCCACCAAUUUACCAGCCGACUCGAGGAUAUGGACCGUCAACACCAGGCACAAAUCGAGUCGAUGGCGAGACAGUACCGGGCACAUGUUGCGGACCUGCAAUGGCAAUUGAAUGCGCAGAAGGAUGAUGCUGCCCAGGACCUGAGUAUGAUCCAUCGUCGGCUUUAUCGACUUGACCGGAACCGGGAUUCGCAAAUGCUCCACUCCAAUGACGACAGUAAUGGCGACCAUAGCGACAACAGUCUGGGGGGAACCAGCAAUCACCGCCACAACUCUGUGGUGCGUAGGAUGGAUGUGUAUGAUGUUGAGCAGAGACUUGACUAUGGAUCUCGUCGGAUGGAUGAUCUGGAAGUGUUGGUGGAUAAUGUCGCUAGGCGCGUGAGUCAGAUGGAGGAUGGGGAGAAAAUGGAUAUUGCACGGGAGAGUCAAGGACGAGACGAUUAUUAUAUUCGGGAAAACGAGCAUAUAGCCCGGCAUGUGGAUGAGGCGGUUGUAGAGGCGGUGGUGGAGCAUAUGGAAGUGGACGAGAGGUUCAUGGAUGCCGAGGAAGACUUUUCAGACGAGGACCAGAAGGAGGAGCUUCAUCAUGCCAAGUACCACCGCGUCAACGAGACCACGAGGAAACCUGUCAUGGCCCCAGUCAAGACCCCAGUCGAGGCCCCAGUUAGGGUGCUACGUAGAGCUUCAGUCGAGGCUCCAAUCGAGGCCCUAGUCAAGUCUCCAGUCGAGGCCCUAGUCAAGGCCCCAGUCGAGGCUCCAGUCGAGGCCUCUGUUGAAGCUCCUGUCGAAGCUCCAGUCGAGGCCCCAGUCGAAGCUCCAGUCGAGGCCCCAGUCAAGGCGCCACGUAGAGCUGCAGCCAAGGUACCAGUCAAAGCCAAAGUCAGAACGCCACCUCCACCCAUGGCCACGAGGAAGAACAAGGACAGGGGCAAGAAAAAGACCAUAGACCAUGAGAACUAUGUGACCGUGAGCGACAUCUCUGGGCCGGACUCGGAUAGCUACGACAACGACGACGACGAUGACUACAAGGCACUGUCGGAUGAGGACUACAAAGAGGAAGGGGAGGAGUCCGGUGGCGAGCAAUGGGGCAUAGUUGGUCACGAGAGCGAUGGAGAAAACAAAGAAGCUGGUCAUGAGGAUCCUGGUGAGGGCCACGAAUAUGACCUUGAUGGUGGCGAGGACCAUGAAGAUGACCAUGAUGAUGGCGAUUAUGCAUUCGACGCGGACCAGCCACGCACUGAAAUAUUCAGUGAACGAGCUUACAACGCGCUGCUUGACGAAGUGGCGGCCCUAUACUACCAGCCCCCACCAGAGGAACUCGUGGGCCUCGAAAGGACCUGGCGGCUCCACACUGCCGUGUCGUCGUCACUGGAGGAUCUCUGGCAGCGAUGGGUGGUUUCGGAACAGGACCGGCCCUCUGUGUGGUGUGCGGCCGCAGUGAUGGCCAAGCGGUGGCGAAAAAACUUCAACCUGACCGAGCAGAGCGCGUACUACAUCCAGCGGCGGAUCAUAUCCAACGUAUUUAAGCACCUCCUAGCCAUGGGAAAGGAGGGCACGCUUGAAGAACGUGUGGACAAGGCGAUGAUGAUUGUCGAGGAGGAGAUUGAUGAGGUCGGGUCGUUGUACAAGUACUCGAGGCCGCCGACCAAGAAGAGUAAAGGGUAUGCGGGGUCGUAUGCCGCCAUCAUGGCUGCCAAGAAGAGGAGCAAUAGGCCACCAAGGAGGAGAUAUCAUCGAUCUGAGCAGCCAAAUAAAUGA